AUGGCGUUGAACAGUGUCUUUCUCGUUCCCGUGUUGCUCCUCGCUUUCCUCUGCUGCUUGAUUCAGGGGCGCGUUGUCGUCGGAGCGCCUGCAGCACAUGAUGCGCUGCUGAAGCCAGCGGCACGUUUCUCAGAUCCUGCCACCCUCACUGCUGCUGCCCGUGCUGCCCAGACAGCGGCGGACACAGACACGGAAGAUGCUGUAGGCCUCCUGGGCACCCCCCCUUCUUCGCCUUCCAGCGCUGUCGCUUCUUCUCCGACAGCCACAGAGAACGGUUCAGACGAAUCUCGCCAGCCGUCAUCUGCCGCAUCCGGAACGGAAUCUUCACAAGCCGCCAAGGAAGAGAACCCGGCAGAGUCAACCUCGGCCGCUCCGGAGCCCUCCCAACCGUCCGGCGUUCUGGAACGCGACGUCAGUCAGUGGCAUGCGUCCCGUAAAGGAGAAGACCUAGUCUACCCGAGCAACAGACACGGAGGCUUCCCGGAAGCGCCCUUUUACCCGCCUCACGAUCACCUGCGAGAACACUAUCCGACAUGCCCUGCGGAAUGCCUGGAAGACUGGGUUGGCGACGGCUGGUGUGACAGCGAGUGCAACGUCGCAGAAUGCGGGUACGACGGCCCCGAUUGCCAGGGCUGGUGCGGGGGCGAGUGUCGGCCGGGCUGGCCGGGCGACGGGCAGUGCGACCUGGAGUGCUACAAAGAAGAAUGCGACUGGGACGGCGGUGACUGCAAAGACUGGUAUGACCGCAACUUGCCGAGUGUACAGACACUCCAGCAGAAGCUCGACGAAGUGACGGGGAACUCUGAGGACCCCGACCAGUCUGUGUCCAAGCUGCUUAAACAGGAACUUGGCUUGGCGGCGUGCGAAUGCGUGAAAGGCAAGCUCGGGAACGGUGUGUGCAACCCAGAGUGCAACACGUACGAGUGCCAGUUCGAUGGGUUCGAUUGUAGACAAAUGUGUUCGCUCGAGUGCCCGCACGUGUGGCUCGGCGACGGGAAGUGCGACAAAGAAUGCGACAUUCCCGAGUGCUACCACGACAAGGGCGACUGUGAUACUUGCUCUGGAAGCUGCCGCACGUGGAUGAUCGGAAAUGGCAUUUGCGACCCCGACUGCAACAACAAAGACUGCGGAUACGACAAUGGCGACUGCAACGGCAUCACGUGGGUGACGGCGGUCGACUACGACGCCAAGCCGUACGUCUACCAGUUCUGCGCGCGAGAGUUCAUUGGAGAUGGAAACUGCGACGAAAACUGCUACAACGCCGAAAGUGAAUGGGACGGUGGGGACUGCCGGGGAACCGCAUUGGCGAAACGCCUCGCGGCAGACGGCGUUGGACCCCAGUUUCCCGCAAAAAAAGACAAGAAUCAGGCAGGCGAGACAGGCGACGAGAAGGGGGCCGACGAUAUCAAGAAAAAUACGGCGAAACAGAACGGAGAAGGCGCGGACGACAGAGCGGGGCAGGGCCCCGAAGACAAACCUGCGGAACGAACGGAGGAGAAGAAGUCCGAAGACCAGCAACAAACGAGAAGACUGCUCAAGAAGCCUUCCUCCGUUUAA